GCCGCGGAGAAGAAGGCGGCAGAGAACGCAGCGACAGGGAAGAAUGAUGCUGAUAAAAAGGAUGGGGAAUCGUCCCCAAAACAAAAGUCAGACAAGGGCUCUACUAGUCCGUCAGGUUGUUGCUCUGGAUUAUCCACCUCCCAAGUUCCAAGCAACGGUGACUGAUUAGGAACUAGGCAAAUUGAUCGCUGCCGCGUGGAAUGCAGAACACGACACGCUUCUCGCGGCUAUGAAGAGCUUGAACAAGUCAUGGAAGGAGAUAUCACUAGUGAUGGAUAAUAGGCCGGUUGCAGAGUUGAAGAAGCGCUGGGCUCAGCAGCGGUCUGCUGCCACGGAAGCGGAGAAGAAAGAAUCGGCCGAAGUAGAGUUUAAAGCCGCCCUCGAAGCAGGGAUCAAGGCAGCUCUGGAGGCAGAGAAGAAAGCUGAAGCGGAAAAGGUCGGAUCUGGAGAAGCAGAUAUCAAGGCUGUCAUUGAAGCACGCGUCCAGGCUGCUAUCGAGGCGGAGAAGAAGGCUCAAGCGGAGAAAGCUGAGGCAGAGAAAAAGGCUGCUGUGACGGCUAAAGAGGCCUCUAUCGAAGCAGAGAUUAGAGCUAUUGUUGAAGAACGUGUCAGGGCAGUCCUUGCAGGGCAGGGAAUAGAUACAGCAGAGAAAAAGGAGGACAAGAAAGAGGAAAACGGUAAGCAACAGGAUAAGAAGACUCGCCGCGUUUCAUUUUCCGACCCACUAAUUAUCCCAGGAAAGACCGACAGCGCCGCUUCAUCGUCGCGACGUAGAGAAUCGCACGAACCCAAGGUUCGGCCAUACAUCGAGACCAAAUUGAGUUUGGAUGAGAUACUCCUCCUGCACAAGCUGGAGGCACGAUUCGAGAGGGAGAAGUGGCUGCAUGUCGCAUCUCGAUUCUUCGAUAAGACAGGGAAGAGGAUCACACCGGAAGAGGCCAAAGUGCGCUUCCAGAAUAAGGCUUCCUAUGAGAACUCCUGAAACUAGGGAUGGUGCUUGGCCUCAGUAGAGGUCUUGAAUUGGAUCUUGCGGGUCAGGGUGUUCAUAUAGUUGGAUGGGAUUCUGGAACGAAGUCGAUGUCUUCCAGAGCAGUAAGACAGUCAUUGCACAGACGCAUACGGGGAGGCGUCGUGACGAAUAGUGUGAAUGUAUUUGUAUCACUGUUUGCCGAUG